AUGAUUAGCAGGGGCGCAUUUCGACUUCUUCUUGGACUUGCACUGUUAGGAGCUUGUUUUAUAAAUAUCAGAGGAGAUGAUGAAGUUGAUGGUGAAGCUGAAGAGGAAAUUGCUGUAAGUGAAGAGGAUGACAUAGUAGUUCCUGAUGAUAAGAUUUCUGAUGCAGUGGAAGUUGAUCACAUAAUGAGACCUUCUCCUGACGUUCAUGUGGCUUUUAUUUUCACUCAGCCUGAAAAUUCAGAAGAAUUGCCUGGCGGAAAGAUUGUUCAGUUCUUAAUGGGAUUCCAGAAUCGUGGCGAGAAAGAUUUUACUUUCUCGAGGGUGCAGUAUAAUCGUGUUGUAGCAGCUAAACAGGAAGCGACUUUCAACUAUGCUUUUUAUCCAUCUGAUCAGUUUGCUGGACGACCGUUAGGGCUUGUCGUAGAACUACGAUAUGAGGAUAGUGAUGGGAAAGCGUACAAAAGCACAGUUUUCAACGAAACUGUAACAAUUGUUGAGGAUGAAUCAAAUUUCAACACAGAAACUGGGUUCCUAUAUGUCAUUUUUGCGGCUGUUGUUGUGUUAAUAUUAUUGGCUGGACAACAUUUCCUUUCCAAGCUGACAAGGAAACAUGGAAUGGCCAAAAGUCGGCAGACACAACCGAUUGAAACAGGCACCAGUAACAAGAACGAAGUUGAUUUCGAAUGGAUCCCACGUGAAGUGCUUAAUCACAGUACAGGUGGACUUGGUGCGCUACUACAGUAUUGUAUUCGAACAAUUUCGCUGGUAACUUUCAGGAUGUCGUCAACUGAAUUCGAUCCUUUCGGAUUUAUGCAUAAUGAAACAGUUGGAUUGUUGAGCGCUAAAGCUGCUGAUUAUGGAUUAUCUUCGUCUACAAGCGGUGCUAACUUACAAAGUGAUAAAGAAUCGGAGGACUUCGAAGAAGUGCUAGAUUCGGAUCUGGAUGCAAAUCUGCUUUGCAGUUACUUAUCGGAUUUGUACACCACCGAAAAGGAAAAUAUUUCGAAUGGUAUUACUGAAGAAAGUGCUGAAAUUGGUUUAUUACAUACCUUUAAGAAAAGUAUAGAUUUAUUGAAAGAACGCUACGAUAAGUGCAUUGAGCUUGUGAAUGAAUUGCGAAGUAAUUAUGAGAUGGUUACUGAACGAACUUCUUCAUUGCAUAACGCAUGUGAUCGGAUGAUGGCACAUCAAACACAGAUUGCUGCUGGAGCUGAACAAAUUCGUGCAAACCUUUACUAUUACACCCAGUACGAGUCUGUCAUGAAAAAAUUAAACACGGGAAAAUUUUCGAUAACGGGACAAGUGUUUACACAGAUUUUGUCUACAAUCGAUGAAUGUUUGAGAUUUUUGAAUAACCAUAUUCAUUAUAAGGAUUCCGAUACUUAUAUUACCAAAUAUAAGCAGUGUUUGUCAAGAGCAAUGACAGUGAUAAGAAUGGGAGUUAUGGCCGAUUUGGAAGCAAGUAAUAGUGCCGUGAAGGACAGACAUAUGAAGCUGGAUGUUGACAACGGUCAAAGUGGUUAUAGCGAUGACGAGACUUUCGCAUUGCUUUAUGGUGUUUUUGCUGCCCGAGCUAGUUCUAUUCGAUCAACUCUUAAUGUUGCUGAACAGCAUUUUCGAGAUGUCGCAGAGUUUCAGUUGAUGGCAGCUGAUUGCCAGCAAGCUUACUUUAAAAUACGAUAUGAAAUGCUUGAACCUGUUAUAAGAAGUACUAUUGACGAACUAAAAAGAACUCAUGAAAACAGCUCAUGUGCACUGACUCGAAAUGGCUGUGCUUUUUUACUUCGACUUUGCGAUGAUGAAUUUCGACUAUACAAGCAGUUUUUUACAGUUGGUGGUGAUGAUGGUAGUGGUUCAAGAUCUGUCGCGGUUUCAACCCCGUCAGGUCCGCAUGCAUCAAUUUUAGCCCCAUUAAUCUCAGGGACAACAUCAUUCGAUGAUUUUAUCGAGUCGUUAUGCCGUGUUUUUUACGAUACUUUGCGCCCCAUUAUUAUACACAAUCCACAUUUGGAAACUCUUACCGAGCUAUGCACGAUUUUGAAAGUCGAAAUGAUUGAGGAACGUUGUGGACUUAUGCAAUCGGUAAUGUCAGUAAAACGAUUAACAGGUUAUACAAAUACUGGGACAUCAUCACCAUCUUGUGCUGAUGAAUAUAUGAUGAAUCCACGUAACGGAUUUGUACGAGUUAUGACUGAACUAGUUGGGGAUGUUGCUGAACGAAUUGUUUAUAGAACUGGUUUGUACGCACAGUCGGACAUAGCCGGAUUCAUUCCAUCGAGUGGAGAUCUUGUCUAUCCAGAAAAGCUGGAAAUGAUGAGGGAGAUUGAAAAGGAACACACUUCAGAUAAGGAUAAUAUAAAUGCAACCUCAUCGACUUCUGCGGUCAAUCUUUACUGUUUAUGGUAUCCAACUGUUCGACGUACUGUGCUUUCUCUUUCGAAACUAUUUAAAUGUUUGGAGCCUUCAGUGUUUCAAAGCAUUGCUCGCGAACUGCUAACAGCGUGUUGCCAAUCAUUGGAAGAUGCAGCGGAACAGAUUCGAAACAGUGCUACGGAGAAAAUUUCACGUACUCGUCGAUCCCUAGAUGCUGAAUUAUUUAUCGUGAAACAUCUGCUAAUAUUGCGUGAGCAAACAAGUCCGUACAGGGUCAUUGUGCCACCUGGAAGCGCGUCCUGUGAUACCAUUCCUCAACGUGAUUACGUCUUCGAUUUUAGUAAAUAUAAAACUUCUGCUUCGCAACUUUUUCAUGAUCGACAUAGGUGGUUUCAGUUGACAUCAAAUAAUGCCUUUCUGGAAUUUUUGUUGCAAGUUCCACUGGCAGUUACGGAAGCAGCUGGUGAUAGCCGCCGAAUUAUUGAUGUCCGGUUGAAAACUCACUGUCAUAACUUGAUAAAUACAGCAAGCGAUGUGAUUAUUUUUGAAUUUGCUGAUUAUAUUGCUAAAGCAGAGGAGACAGCAGCAAUGUCUGAUUUUGAUCUUGCAAAGAAUGAUUCUCUGAAUGCAAAUAGUAUGCAAAAUUUUGCGGGUCAAGCAUACAGAAAACUGACUCAUUUGUGGCCUGAGAUUAAAGGAUGUUUCGAUCUGUACAUUGGUUUCAAAGAAACUGAAAAUAUUUUAUUGCAGCCAGUGAAGAAGCGAAUAAUUGAUGUAUUCACACGCGCAGCUGUUUUUGUUGAUAAAUUUUACGAUGAUGAACAGAAGCAAAUAGCUGGUCUUCCUACUCAAGAACAUAUAUGGCUGAUAAUGAAUGCUUAA